AUGAUUGAUUCUGUCUCUUCUAAUUCUACUGAUCCGAUUGAUGUUUUUAGAAUGUUGGUUAAUUUAACAGACAAGAUUCUAUCAAGGAUUGCUUUUGGAAAGACAUUCCAAAGUAGAGAUCAAUCUAGUGAUGGUAGUAGACUUCAGGAAAUCCUUUACGACACCAUGGAGGCAUUGAAUGGUUUUUCAGCAUCUGACUUUUUGCCCAGUGUAGGUUGGAUUAUUGAUAGGAUCACUGGGGUCCAUGGGAGAAUUGAGAAAUGCUUUCAUGAUUUCGAUGAAUACUUUCAGGAUAUCAUAGACAUACAUCACAACCCCGAGAGACAGAAAUCCAAGCACGAAGAUCUCAUAGAUGUUUUGCUGAAAGUCGAAAAGGAUGGAAGGAGUACUAUUCACUAA